AUGAAGCAAGUCCUGCCUGCUGAUCGGUCUUUGCUACAAGCCUCGACCCAAACUCAUCCAGUCAGCUUCAUUGCGCACCCUGCAAAGCAGCGGCAAGAUGACCUCAGUGUUGAAAGGCUGAUCAUGCCUCAGCUACCUCCGCCGCUGAAGAAGCAUCUCUGGCACAAGACGCCUAAUUUCCGGCGGAAGAUGGUCGGCCAGGCUCAGCAGCUGCUAGACGCUGCCAAAGAAGAAGGCCCAGAGGCCGUGCAGCUGAUUAAAGCAUCCAUCAAAGAAGGCGUCAAAGCCUUGAACCACGAAGCAGAUCUACACCCCUUGGAGUUCCAGAGGUCGCUGAAAGACUUGGAGAGGAUGGAGCGCGCACUCAAGGUGCACUCCAUGGAGGCGAUGUGCUACUGCUCGAUCUGGACGCUUGCGGCCACUAAGCGCAGACACCUCUCGCAGCUGAGGGCUUUCCUGUAG